UUUUAGUUUUUUUUUUUUUUUGAAAAUUUUAAAUUAUGAUUAUAAAAUUAUUGUUGUUAUGUGUUUGUGUUGCGUUAAGCACGGGGCAGUAUGAAGGUGAAACGUGCACAAACGAAGAAACUGGUGCUUAUGGUGUUUGUAAGCGCCUGAAACAAUGUGAACCAGCUCUGAAGGCUUUAACACAAACUAGGAAACAGCCUCAGCUAUGUUCAUACGUUCGCAAGGAUCCAGUCGUUUGCUGCGUGGACAACAAACCUAUAGAAGAAGAAGAUCAUGAGAGUGAAUGUGCACCACUUGAAGCAUCAAGAACUCAGCCCAAAAAUGGGAAAAAGGCUCAUGACAUGUGCGUAGAAUACCAGAAGAAAUACGUCUAUCCUUGUGAGCGAUCAGUCUCAAUCCUGGCCAGCUAUAGUAGGAGUAACAAUUGUCAUCAUAAGACUGACAAGCUAGUAGUCGCUGGUGAAGACGCUGAGCGCUAUGAGUUCCCUCAUAUGGCUUUGCUCGGCUACGGGCCAUUGGAGGCUAUCCAAUACUUGUGUGGAGGAAGUAUUAUCAGCGAGGAUUUCAUACUAACAGCAGCGCACUGUUCUGCCUCAGCUGCAGGCAAACUAUCGCACAUUGCCAUUGGCAUACUGGCUCGUAAGGAGACAUCCGACCCAUCCAAGAUUUAUAAAGUUAAAGAGUUUAUCAAACAUCCUGGCUUCGAGUCACCCAAAAAAUAUAAUGAUAUUGCUCUCGUCAGAACUGAGAAAACUAUGGAACUAACACAUUUAACAGUGCCAGCUUGCUUGCACACUGGUGAACCAGUAGAUGCUUCUCAAGUCCUCGCAGCCGGCUGGGGCUACCUCCAUGAUAAAGGAGGCCUCAGUGAAAAUCUUCAAAAGGCAGUUUUAGACAAAUUCCCGGUAGAAUACUGUUCAGUUGUUUAUGCUGAAGUUCGUCGACUGCUGACGGAAGGGAUCGACGAAACAACCCAAUACUGUUAUGGUGAUAAAGGUGCACCCAAGCCUUUUCAGGGAAAAUUUGAGUCUAAGGAUACCUGUCAGGGUGAUAGCGGAGGCCCAAUCGUCAUCAAAGACUCGAAGAUACACUGCAUGUAUACCAUCGUUGGAGUGACUUCAUUUGGCCGGUACUGCGGGUAUGCUGAUAGUCCUGGGUUGUAUACCAGUGUGGCACCUUUCUUAUCCUGGAUCGAGGGUAUUGUGUGGCCUAAUUGAGGAGAACACGUCGAAGAAAGUAAUAAGAAACUUCAAACGUA